AUGGCUAAUAGAGUGCGACAGAUGAUUCGUGAGGAGCUUGGAGAAAAUUGUUUUUGUAUUCUCGUUGAUGAAGCGCAAGAUGAAUCUAAAAGAGAACAAAUUGCCAUUAUCUCUCAAUUUGUGAAAAAUGAUGGUAUUAUAAUAGAACGUUUCUUUGAGAUCAAAAGCGUGAGUGACACUACAUCAUCGAAUCUAAAAAAUGAGAUAUGUGAUAUUCUUGUUUGUCAUGACCUUCGGGUUAAAAAAAUUAGAGGGCAAGGCUAUGAUGGUGCUAGCAAUAUGCGUGGUACUUGGAACGGACUUCAAGCGUUAUUUUUUAAAGAAUGUCCAUAUGCUUACUAUAUCCACUGUUUUGCCCACCGACUACAACUGAAAUUGGUUUCUGCAGCCAAGGAUGUGAUUUGUAUUUGGAAAUUCUUUUCUCAUUUGGACAAUAUUGUUAAUAUUAUUAUUUCUUCUCCUAAGUGCAUUAAUGUAUUACAAACUGCUCAAAGAAGAGAGCUUGAGAAUAUGUUGGCUAGUGGAGAACGACAAUUUGGAAGCGGGAUCAAUCAAAUUGUGACAUACUUUGUCAAGCUCUUCAAAAAAGAUCUCAAGACAUCCCGACGGCUAUCAGAUUUGUCUCCACCACAAAAAAGUCUCCUUCAAAAAUUUAGAGAAGAUGGUUGGGAAGAAUUUCUUAAUGCGGUGAAAACUUUCUGUUUAAGAAAUGAUGUUGAUAUACCCAACCUAAACUCGUUUUAUAAGAUUGGUCGUCCUCGUGAAGAAGUUAUGCUUGAGCAUCAUUACCACUUUAAUGUUUUUAAUGAAGCCAUAGAUUUCCAAUUGAUGGAGUUAAAUACAAGAUUUAAUGAACUAUCGGUAGAACUCCUUUCUCUCACUGUUGCUUUGGAUCCUCGAAAUUCUUUUGAAUCAUUCAAUGGGGAUGAUAUUUGCAAGCUUGCAGAGAAGUUCUAUCCUUGUGAUUUUUCACAUCAAGAGCUUCAUUCUUUGAGGUUUGAGUUGAAACAUUAUGAGUAUGAUGUGAUUCGUGAUCCUCGAUUUCAAGUGUCUUCACUUUCUGAAUUAUGCAAGCUUCUAGUUGCAAGUAGAAGGUCGGAGAAUUACAUUGUUCUCACUAAAUUGAUUCGUCUUGUCCUAACACUACCUGUAUCUACAGCGACUACUGAGCAAGCUUUUUCAGCAAUGAAACAUGUGAAGACAACAAUUCGUAAUAGAAUGGAGGAUAAGUUUCUUGUCGAUUAUAUGACGCUCUACAUUGAACGAGAAUUUGUCGAGAAAAUAGAUCUAGAUUCUAUUAUCGACGAGUUUUAUGCAGUUAAAGCUCGACAGGUACAACUUCAGUAG